AUGGCCGCCCGAUCCGCCCUCGUCCUCCUUACCACACUCAUCCCGUCGUAUGUCUCGGGUCUACAGGUCACUCCGGACUCGCCAUGCGCGUCCUUUUGCCUUGACUCGAAUGACCUUGACUACUCGGACCCAAACUCGUCAAAUACGAGGAACAAGGACAUAACUUGCGUGGACGGCAAGUACCAGACCGAGCCCCCGGGACGCAAGUUCCAGCAAUGCGUUAGUUGUUUGCAGGACAGCAACUAUGUCAAGGGCAAUGAGAACGACCAGUCUUGGUUCCUGUAUAACAUGAGAUACUCCUUCGACUACUGCAUCUUUGGAUACCCGAACGCCACUGGCGUGGGUUCCAACCCGUGCAUGACGUCCACCGCGUGUGGUGGUCUCGAAGCUGCACUCAUCGAUGGUGAGCUGGAUCCGACAAAGUCAGGGCAGUUCUCGUACUGCGAUGCGGACGGCGGUUCCAUGCUCGGCUCCGCAUACGACAAGUGCCUGUCCUGCGUCAGGGCCGGCGGCGAGCACUACUACCUGGCAAACUAUCUGGUUGCCCUUGAGGCAGGCUGCCGACAAAGACCAGACCCAGGCAAGGUCAUUGGCCUCAACCAGACCGUCUUCACAAAAGGCGUCAUCACAGCAGUCAACCCUAUAGACCAAGCCAAAGACUCCAAAGAUGACAAGCCAAGCCUCCCCAUGACAGCCAUUGUAGGAAUCGUUGUGGGAGUGGUAGUCGCGCUUCUAUUAGCGGCCGGCUGUAUCUUCAUCCAGUACCGCAAGCGCAGGGCGAGGGCAGGAAGGGGCAUCAACCCCGAACUCUCACGGAGGGCAAAGGGUCACCGUCCAGCCUCCUCGCUAUCUUUCCGGUGUCAGACACAUCUCACACCAAAAACACCCAACUUCUUCCCCAUCGAAGAGGGUGAAGAAGUACGCAGCGAAAAGGGUCGCGUCCAGCAGCAGCAGCAGCAGCAGCAGCAACACCAGGACAUGUCCAGCACCUCUGCGACGGCGGAUCCCUGGAUAUCGCACAAUGCAAUCUACUCAUUCCGAAGCUCCAGCCCUACACCACUCACAGAUAAAAAGGGCCUACACAAAGACGCCGUGCCCCUAGCGAACAUCAAAACAAGCCUCCCCAUCAUGCCCCUGAAAGCUCACUCUCCACGACACAACAUGUCCCCCCAGGAAGACUACACCCCGAGCUCCACGACCUCAGCAGCCCCCCUCCUCCCGCUGAGACCCUACGUGCCCUCCGAACACGGCAUGUCAACCCCGUCAAUGGGCCACGCCGCCGCUUUCAGCCCAGCGACCAUGACGACGUAUUCAUCCCCUACGUCAGGGAACACUGCCAGUCCGCUCCUGAGCCAGGCCGGCUGGCCCGCGCCUGCACGGAACAUUGCGACGAUAGACUCGCUGCCGGCCACGGAGCCGACGAGGACGAUCCCCGUCAUCAUGAGGGACCUGGCGCGGCCGCUGCCGAAGAGGGUUACGUCCCUCGGCGACGGAAGUCCAGUAGAGAGCCAAAAGAUUCAGACGUCGUUUCCGCCGCCGCCGCCGCAUAAGAAAAGAUAG